AUGUCCGUGUCAAAGUGGAGACAAAAGGCUGAGGAGAUGGCGGAGGUUGCUGAAUAAGAAGACAUCCUCCAGAAAUUUAAAAUGAACAAAAUCAAAAAAGAGUUUGGGCAAAGUUCGGGGGAAGAACUCUUCAAACCAAUCACGAAAAGAAUUGAAAAGAGCCCAGGCGCGGGAACUUCCGAAGAGGAAGAAAGGGGUGGAAGCUGAUUACGCCAUCGAUGAGUUCGACAGAACUAACCCGUUUGAUGCAGAGUUCAUGCCAGAGGUUGAAACACCACUACCAACAUCUCCACCGCUGCCUGAUGAUUUUCCGCCACCACCACCACCAAUAACUGAUGAUGGUGAUGGUCAUGGUGAACGAGUCCACUGACUUGCAGACUGUUGAUCAGCUCAUCAAGAAAUAAAAAAACGACCCCAGUUACAGACUGAAAAGCAAAAUAUCCAUAUUUACGGUUAUUCAGUCAGAGACCUCGAAAUGGUACGAGAUGAGAUUCUGGCGCGAAGAAAGGGAGCCAAACCGCUGCUGAGACAGCUUCAGGAGGGGAGGAGAAGACUGGGACCUGCGCCCCCACUUAAAAGAAAAGAAUCCCCUCGAAGCCCGCUGGAAAGUGCGGUUUUAAGACGAAGGGCUGCGAUUGACCCACAGGACAAUAGCCACAGCGCAGACGAGCAGGAGUUUUUAAGGAAAGGUUUUGCAAACGAGUUCGCAAACCCAGUUAUUCAACACUUCGUGAGUCUGGACUAGGUUAAAAGCGGCAACACAUCGGUCAAGCUUAAAACCCAGCUCUGUUGUCUACUUGACAAGCUUCAUGAAAAUAGCAUAAUCACCAAAAAGAAAAAGAAAAAUUCUUUAGGAUUAAUAUAAGGUGAUGCCCCUCAACCUGCUACUGGAUUCCAAUCCCGCAAAAUGAUAUAACCAAGGCUCCUUCGAUUUUACGUUUCAUUUUGAGCACCCCCAUCUUUUUAGAUCCCCAAAAUUUACAAAGCAGCGUUGAAUAAACCGAUAACCAUGAGCUACUCUUAGUACAACAUUGGGAAAGACUACAGCAACAACAAGCUGGGACAAAGAAAAAAAGCUGGCACCUGGGCAACCUUGACUUUUGCUGACGGAACGUACGAUUACGCGGACAUAAACAACUACAUACAGGCUCACACAGCUAAGGACAGCGACAAACCCAUUGUAACUCUUUAUUUCAACAUGACAAGUUACUCGAUUGUCAUUCUGUUGCAUAAAGACUAUGAGUUCGACCUUACCCAGGGAGACUUUCCAGCUUGCUGAGGUUCGAGAAAAAGAACGAAAGAAGCAAACCAAUUUUUCGCGCAGCGUUGACUUGGUGUUUCUUCACUGCGACCUUAUCGCCCGACGAGCCAAUGACGUUGGAAGCAGUGUGCUGUUUUCACCUUUUUAACUACAAACCUCCAGGUCAGCUACCCCUUUCAAAAAGAACCUUAAAUCGCCUUGAGUGGCAUCCGGUAAACAAAAGCCAGAUUUAUUACAUCAGAAUUUGGGUCUCUGAUGGACGCAACAGCAUGACGUUGCACCUGGCCUCAUGAUCGAAGAGGAAUAAAAUCUUUCCUUGAUAUAUACAAAGAAUCAUCCGAGUGAGUGGACAAAGUUUUUUGACGAACACCCUGGCACGUACAGGUAUAAACCGAGGGAUCGGGUGUGGUUCGAGACACUCUCAUGGCCAUCGGAAAGGUGUUCACAUCUUAGCAAAAAGCGCUGCGAAAAAGGCUGCCAAAGUCGCCACAGAAAAAGCCGACGAAAAGCUUAGUGAAAAAGCUGCAGAAAAGGGGUCUGACAGGAUUCAAAAACGUCUGCGAAACAAUACCAUCCCCUUCAGAGGCUUCUGCGGCAAAACUGAAACAAAUUCUGGAAAACAAAGUACCUCGCGGCCCACAUCUCAGGACGUGAUAAUGAAACUAAACCGAAUUUUGGUGAAUCAACUUUGAAAAUUUUAAUUUUUUAUCCCAUGAUAUAGACCAUGUUCAGAACACCGCGCCUUUGUGAAGAAGACAGAAUAUGCCCAGUUCAAUCUCGACACCCCGCUGACUUUUUCCGGAAACAAUCAAACCCAACGUAA